UUUUAUAUAUUGCAUUAUGUACUGAGGAUGAAUGAACCAAUGUUUUGUGUCAAAUGUUCCGCUUUGUGUCCCAACAGAUCUUAUUCUAACAGGUCAAGGUGAGAAAGAGAGAUAGUAGAUUGUAGGUAGCAUGCUUGAAUGUCUCACUAAUAAAUAUUCUAAUACGAAUCUUCCUAUAUUGCUUCAUGACUACAUUUUGAAAAAUCAUGUUCAAGUAGUCGUAAAUUGUGAAAUGAAAUUAAUGAUCACCCUAGACACGCUCCCUUACCUACAGGUCCCAGAGUGGCACCUCCAUGCAUCUCACCAGCUCCCAUUUCUCGUACAUUAAUUUCAAGGGCAUGGAGUGGACGGCGGGUUUUUGCCAUUUAUAUAUAGAAGCUGUGCUGACUGCUGAGUUCCUUUGCAGUUACUUGAAUGCCACAGUGGCAGACGGAGGUUGAACAUUGACUCUCUAACAAACCGUUUCUUCCUCCAAGUUGCAGUUAUAAAUUUUUCAUGAGAAGACAGUAAGCGGAUAUAUUAGUCGUAUAUUGACUUCUACAAUUCGAGAACGUGAAUAUUAACUUAUUUCAAUUUUGAAGAUGAACUCUUGGAAAUGCUUAUGAAAACAGUCAUAAAAACUAAAUUAGAAACUGAAAUGACGUAAGACAUAAGUCGAUUUUAACCCCAGCUUACUUCGUUCUAAUCGUAUGGCAGAACUAAGGAGUGAUUCGAUAAAGUUUCUAUGUUUAAGGAGUUACCAUUUCUGUUUACGAGGCUCUCUUUCUUUGGACCCAAAUUUGCUCCCAUAUGGCGACAGUUAGUCAUUGUGUUAUUCGAUUGCCUUAGGUGCAGAGUGCCGUGUACAGAUUUUUUCUAUUUAAUUGUUUUGUCCCUCGAAUUUUAUAUUUCAAUUAAUGAGCUUCAUCUAGAAAGUGUGAUUUAUGCAAAUCCUAAUAAAGCAAGGGGAACUUCAUUCAAUUACCUAUUAUUCACUCUGCUAUCAAUCAAGAUGGCCUUCAUUAAAAGCUAAAACCAUCUGAAAUUUCAUUGGCUGACAGCAGCGUCAGAUAACAAGGGAGAAUAUGAUGUUUUUUUUAACCGUCAAUGAAGUGAAUGUUUGGGAACGUUUAUAUAUAUAUAUGCGGUCUGUGUCGCGACUGCACACUCUACCUCAAACGAAAUAUGGCUGACUGGCUGAAAAUUUUUGAUCCCAUUAUUUGACCUAAAAAUUACUUAUUCAUAAAUGAAGAACGCUCACGAUAAGUACACGACCGCGUUCGUUUUAGUCCAUGGCGUUUCGGGAAAAAAAUAAUGUUCAACGAUGAUAAUUAAUGGAUGAGAAAAAAUUCUCAUCGAAAAAACACAUCCGUCAUCUUCGAGAGAAUCUUCUGUGGUUGAAAUACACCAGUGAUUCAACCACAAUUAUUUAUUAUGAUGUAGAUUGUAGAGGUCUGGCAUCUCUUUUUUGUAAUAGAGCGUCAAUUAUUUUCGGAAACAACAUAUAUAAGACGCUCUCUAUAACAUUUCUUAUCGAAAUUGGUGAUUUGGCCAUGAGAUUAAGAACGGAAUCUUCAUUUCAGUUACAUGCGCAAUUAAUAACAAAGAUUUGCCGCCGAACUGGUCCAAUCUCGCCUUGCAGCAUUCAUUGAAAAAUAUACUCUUUUAGUUUCAUUUUGUGGUCCGCUUGUAUAGACGUACAUUUUUUCAUAUUGCUUAUAAAAUUUUUUAGCAAGUUAGGUGCUGUAGUUCCCCGGGAAAGGUUUGCAGGAUAUUGAAAUGAAGUUUUCGACAAACGAAACGGGUCAAGAAAAAAAUUACAGUAAUCCUAUAUUUAAUUAUCAAGAUUUCUCUGCACUGGAAAAUACGACCAUUCUCAUACCCACUUGUAACUGAAAUUUUACGUAAUGAGGUUUUCUAUUUAAUUGAAUUUAACGAAAUUAAAGGGCAUGCAAAUUAUCCUAUCUGAAACCUUGGCACAACCAAUUUAAAACUGCUCGUUCCAAGCUGCAUUGUAGUCAUAAGUUAUUGCUACGUGCAACAUCUUUAAUAAACACGUAACCAAUCUUUGGUGGAUUAAUUAGCAAAUUUAAUUGACGAAUCCCAAUGCAAAAUUAUCCGGCCAACCUAUGAUUCGCAAUAAUGAAUCUCACCAAUUUACAUGAUUUAUAUGUAUUUCCAAUCAUUACAAAUUUAAACCGAUCAGAUUAAUCUUCAACAGAAGUCAAAUUUUAUAUGCACUUCUGUUCAUCUUCGAAUCUUCUGUUUGUCUUCUGUUCUGUUCCUUCGAAUCUAAUUUCGCAUGAAAACUUUUGACUCAGUUUUUCCACGAAGAAUCGUCCUUACGACAAAAUAUACUUUCUUUUUCUGCAGCAAUAUAAAUAUUUAUGCAAUGGAUCCUAGUAUUGGGAAAGGACCAGUCACAAAUAAUGCCACACAUCCUGAAGCAAUUGAACGUGGUGGUUUGACCCAUUCAGCCCUGGAAGCUCUGCUGGUGGAUCCAGGGACAUUAGCCGGACAUUUAAUCCCGGGCUUGCUGUUUAUGUUCUUCGGCUUGUUUUGGACCUACAGUAUCCUUCACAAGUAUCACGUUGCCAGGAGAGGAGCCAUUCUGCUUGGCAAAGGAAGUUAUAAAUCAAAUUACAGAAACACACUCUUCUCGACGUAUUACGCUUGUCACUGCACCAACGUUUCCCUGGACGCAUACUUCUUGUUCAUCUGCACAAGUCUCGGUUUUAUUGGUGAAUUCAUCGCGGGAUUCAGAGGGGGUGAAUUCGUUGUGAUGUCCAACACGCAUCACAUGUGCAUGUAUUUCUUCUACGGGCUUACUGCCUUCAUCCACAUCCUCAUGUGUCGCAAGCAUCCCAUCCCUGCUGACUCCGACUACGCGACGAUGAUCGUCGCAUGCAUAGUGGAGGCGCUGCUGUUCCAGGGCCACAUCAACGGUCGGGGACCGAUCAAUGCCAAGAUACACAUGUUGCUGGUGUACACUAUUAUGGUGACGGUCGGUUUUCUGGUGCUGGAGAUGGCUGCGCGGCGCAAUGUUUUGAUCAGCCUUGCGAGAGCUUCUAGUAUUUUAGUGCAGGGCCAGUGGUUCUGCACGGGAGGCUUCAUCUUGUACCCUCCAUCGUUCAUGCCAACAUGGGAUGACAACAGCCGACCACAAAUGGCGCUGGUAACAACGCUAUUUGCCGUCAAUAUUGCGUUAGCCAUUAUUGGAACAUUACUGAUUAAUUAUUUAAUUUUUUUGCGAGUAAAUUGCAUGGAUGCGCAAACCAUAAGUCGGAUUUUAAACAAGUCAGAUAUUCGGAGUCAAAAUUCAUUGCCGAAUAUUGAUCCGGGGAAGCCGCUGAUUUCAGACUCCGAUGACGAAUGCUAGGAAAAGCUUGGAGCUCAAGUUUCUGUCGGACCAACACCUCCAUUUUCUGCUCAAUAUCAUCCAUCUCUAAAUCUGAAUUCAUCCCAACCGGAAUAUCAACUCGCUGAUAUAUUUCGUUUUGUACAACUCUCGUUCUACUGUGUGCAAUUCAUGAAGUUGGUACUACAUUAAACUUCGUAGAAACGAUUCCAUGACCACGUUUAGCUAACUAUUGAUCAGUCGGAGUGCAGAAGUUCUGAAUGAAUAUGCUCUCGGUCAAAAUUCCGCAUUCACCAAGAAACUGGUUGAGUUUCAGUUUACUCAUCUUUAAAGAGGUUUAUACCUCGUAAUUAAGAACAUGAACAUUAUGAAAUCUUUUCUUACAGAGACAAAAUAUUUUCAAGCCCAAUCAAUUUGAACGCACUUCAUUCCACUGAUUUUUCUUAAUUUAAUCUCCAUUGUAUAUUAACUUUUUUUUGUUUCAUUAAACUGGAGUUGAAUACUGCAGCUUUCGGUAAGUGAAUAAAAGAUAAAUCGAGAGUCACGUCGAUCAUUUCA